UUUUUCAAAAUGGCGACGUUUGAGAAUGUUUCUUUGGGUACCAAACUACUUACAGCUGGAACUUCGGCUUGUAUCGCUGAUGCGUUGACAUUUCCUUUGGACACUGCCAAAGUUAGACUUCAGAUUCAAGGAGAAAUUCGUCCUGUAUUACAAAAUGGCACUGUAGCAUUACUCCGAGCAGUCCCCCCAGUACAAGUGGGUCUCCUCGGCACAAUCAAUAACAUGGUGCGUCAGGAAGGUGCAAGGAGUUUAUACAACGGCCUCUCCGCGGGCCUCCAGCGUCAGAUGUGUUUCGCAUCAGUGCGAAUCGGUCUCUACGACACCUUCAAGACGUUCUACCAACAGCUGAUUGACGGUAAUACACGUUCAGGGAGUUUGAAUAUUGGUGCAAGAGUGGCUGCCGGGUUAACAACUGGUGCUCUAGCGGUGUUUAUCGCGCAGCCUACUGAUGUGGUCAAGGUACGUCUGCAAGCCGCGGCGGCAAAUACACGACAGGGGGCGGUCGCACCAAGAUACAACUCUACAAUACAAGCGUAUAAAAUCAUAGCGAAUAGUGAAGGAAUGCGCGGACUCUGGAAAGGUACCUUCCCGAAUGUAAGCAGGAAUGCGAUUGUCAACGUCUCCGAAAUAGUCUGUUAUGACCUGAUAAAAGACACACUGCUGUAUUAUCAUGUAAUGAAAGAAGGUAUCCCACUGCAUUUUACAUCGGCGGUCAUCGCUGGUUUCUGCACGACUGUGGUUGCAUCCCCUGUAGACGUAGUAAAAACCAGAUAUAUGAACUCUGCCAAGGGUGUGUACAAAGGGGCGGUUGAUUGUGGUGUGAAUAUGUUCAUGCAGGAAGGUGCAAAAGCAUUCUACAAAGGUUUUGUACCUUCGUUUGCACGCCUGGUGGCCUGGAACAUCGCCAUGUGGAUCACCUACGAACAAAUGAAGCUGCUCGUUGUGAGCCAAGCUCACAAUCGUGACGAAUAAAUCUAAUCUUCGGCCUGCUCCUCCUUUCACAGGCCGCCGUUAAUAUUGGAGGAUCAUAUCUUUGUGAUUUUUUUAUGUACUUAUAUGUUUGAACCGGUUUUUAGAGGACUAUUUUGUAACGUUGGGAACAAUGGACAAACACAAUAAUUUUAUCAAUAAAUAAUUAAGUAUC